AUGGACUCUCCCUUACAACUCACAGUUGUGAACCAAUCGCAAGCUAGCGACGAAGCGUCAGCGGCGGAUGAAGUGAAAAGGACAAGUUUGCGAUUUUCUAGAGACGGAUCCCAAUGUUUAGACACAGAUGCAGUUGUGCUAAACUUUGAGCAUAUUACUAUGUUUGACGAAAGAAUUUCAGUACCACGAAGUAGCUUCAGGGCCAAGAAAGUGGAGUCAAACGUGGAUCCCCAGAAAUAUCGACUAUUUAUAGAGAGCAAGAUAGAAGAUCCACGCUUGGUCAAACAGGAUUUCAUGAAGUUUAAAGCUUCUAAGCCUGUAGGAGUGGCCGAUGCUAAAAGAUGGAGAAAGCAUCAAAUUGGUAAGCUACCUACCAGGUGGCCGAAAUCGCUUGUGCAUGGAUCGGAAGUGUGCUCUACAGAAGCCAGCUCUGAAACUGUGUCGGGGGUGGAAACAAUCCCUGUUGCAAAGAUUACGUCUACAGAAGUGGAUGCCCUGCACCCCAUCGCCCAGACGCCCUCAGUCAGUACACAGAAAUCGGUGACAAAGAUUGCGUUGUCUAAGAAGCUAGGAAAACUGUGCUGCUGUUGUCAGAAGGGGACACAAGAAACCAAGGGAGAGUGUGUCAAUGUUGAAAAUGAGCAGUCAUGA